AUGAUAUCAUGAGCUAACCUAUCAUUUCCAAACAGAAACUCCCCAAUUAUAGAACAGUUAAUUUUUUUUCAUGACCAUUCUAUAACAAUCAUUGUUUUAAUUACCUUAAUUACACUUUAUAUAAUUAUAAAUGUAGUUUUAAAUUCUAUAACAAGUCGGUUCCUUAUAGAAGGUCAAGAGAUUGAGACCCUUUGAACCAUUAUCCCUGCUGUGAUUUUAAUCUACAUUGCUCUCCCAUCUCUCCGACUACUUUACUUAAUAGAAGAAUCAUUCUAUCCAUCAAUCUCAAUAAAAGUUAUCGGGCAUCAAUGAUAUUGAUCAUAUGAAUACCCCGACUUCAACAUUGAACUUGAUUCAUUUAUAAUCCCAAAUUUUGAUGAAAACCUAUCCACAUUCCGUUUAUUAGACGUUGACAACCGAAUUGUCCUGCCUUAUAAUACUAAUAUACGAAUCCUAAUUACAUCUGCUGAUGUUAUUCAUUCAUGAACAAUCCCAACACUUGGAGUCAAAAUAGAUGCAGUCCCAGGACGAUUAAAUCAAAUUUCAACAAUAGCUAGACGCCCAGGAAUCUUUUAUGGCCAAUGUUCAGAAAUUUGUGGAGCAAACCAUAGUUUUAUACCUAUUUCUAUAGAAGUUACAUCACUAAAUAAUUUCCUCAAUUGAAUUAAACUAUUUU